AUGGCCAGCUACACUCGUCACAUUUCAGCAAUAUGUCAACCUCCUAGAGGGCCCGACAUCGCCUACCGUCGAUAUAGGGAUUUUCGAGAUUUCAACUACCAACAGCGCGAGGUGAGCAAGUUCUUCGACGAAGAACUCAAGCAUGACGGCCUGAGAAACACCAACGAGGGAAACAUCAAUGCCUCACUUGUUAAUGUUUCCUCCCUCGUGGCAAUCUGUAUGUGGCACCCAAAUGUGCAGGCCACAUGGACACCUCAGCGCGCCAGCCUCGUUGCAAAGUUCCGGAAUCCCACCGUGGAGUCGGAGCAGCAGAGGGUGUUUCUAGUGUCCCAGGGCGAUGAGGAGCUAUGUCCCGACGGCCGUUCCGAUUACCAAGACCCGGAUUUCCUGCUUCGUAUGAAAGGCCUAGCAACGAGGCGGACCCUCUUUAGACCAAGCACCGGGACCGACGAGGACAGUAACCGGGGACCGUGGAGGAUGAACAAGUACAAGCAUGUCGAGGAGUUCGCAAGCCUGAUUUUAGCGGUAGUCCUUUCGGCAGAAGAAGUGUCGGCCCAGGAUCGAUAG